AUGGCUGAUGGGCGCCCAGCAGGUGCUCUGCAGGAGCCACAGCAAUGGGGUCUGAGCAACCUCCCUCCCCUCUGUCUCGCAGGCCUGACCGCCGCUGCCUACAGAGUCACACUCAAUCCUCCGGGCACCUUCCUUGAAGGAGUGGCUAAGGUCGGACAAUACACGUUCACUGCAGCUGCUGUCGGGGCCGUGUUUGGCCUCACCUCCUGCAUCAGCGCCCAGGUCCGCGAGAAGCCCGACGACCCCCUGAACUAUUUCCUCGGUGGCUGCGCCGGAGGCCUGACUCUGGGGGCACGCACGCACAACUACGGGAUCGGCGCCGUUGCCUGCGCGUACUUGGGCAUAGCGGCCUCCCUGUUCAAGAUGGGCCAGCUGGAGGACUGGGAGAUGUUUGCAAAACCCAAGGUGUGAGCCCUGUGCCAGCCGGGACCUCCAGCCCGCAGAAUGCGUCCAAAAAUAAAUUCUGUGUCUAUGUGUG